AUGGAGAAGCUUGUAUCCCUUGUUGUCAGUAGUGGCAGACGGGAGAGCCUCGAUGCGUGGGGAAGGUGGCGAAGCGGACUGUGGCGUCUAGUAGCCGGUGCAUGCGGAGAACCGAGCCUCCGACCAUCGGAUCCCUCUCUGAGUAUCAAGGGUCUUCCUGCCAUUUCUUCCCUGAGCGUCUACGCGCACGGCCACAGGGCUUCAAGCACUAUCGAGCCCGGACGCCCGAACCUGUGUGCUGACGUGCACACCUUCUCUGAACAAUCCCCUCCAAGACCAUUCUCAUCGUGCCUGUCCUCCCUCAACCACCUGUUUACAGACGGCAGCUCAUAUUUCAAAUAUGCGCCUUACGGGCAGUUAGAUACAGAGGCAAGGAUGCUUCAGCCCAACGUGGUCCACAAGAACACGCCGCUCCUCCCUAUCAUGCCCCUUCACCGUGCAUCUGCAGAGCACACACAACUAUCAAAAAUAUGCAUGGCUGACGGAACGUCGCUGGACGAUCCCGUCAUCAGACCUCACGCAGGAUCUCGCUGGCAUGUCUUGGUGGCAACUCUGAUACUCUGCCUCGCGUUGCCCGAGCUCUGUGUUGAGUUAUGUCCCGGGAUGGCUGUUAUGGGACAUGUCGCAGCCGCUAGUGUCAAGGGCGUCCCGUAUCUUCUCCUCGCACCUAUCGAGCCCGUCUCGUCUAUCUUCGGCAGUAUUCGCCUUUUCGUUAUAUUCAUGACGAUGAAUUCUUCCAUGAACCCAACGCAUUACACCCUGGACUACGACAACCAGAAAAUAUCUACUACGGUGUUCACUCCUGCGGAUUACGCCACUGCCACCCGCGAGCAUUACAUGAACUGUAACAUACCCUUAGGCAACAUCAGUGGUGCAGAGCCUUUCGCUGCCGACCCCACUUUCGCGCUCUCUCAUUCUCUCGAUCAGCAUAACGCCGUUUCAAGCGCACAGUCAGGGUAUCCGUUACUAUCUAACGACGGAUACUUAACGACUUAUUGCGGACAGCCUUUAGUCGCGCCGCAGCCCGAGGAUACGCGGCAAGCCACGAAUGCUACCUGGCCCUCGUACUGUACAACCACUAAUCCAUACUUUCCUGUUCUCCCACCACACUUCACGAAUUACCCAAGCAUACCGUCGUCCACCAUGUUCCCCGAUGCCAUGUCCUUGACGCCAUCUCUCGUCUUCCAGCCGACAUCCUCGCCCACCGUCGGACCUUACCAGGGCACUGACCAGCGUGCGCUUCAGCAGCCGCACGCAGAGCGCUACCAUACCAGAAGUAUCCCACGUCAUCCGUCGCGCUACGGCCAGCAGCGUGCGUUCCUUGCAUUCAGCACCAUUCCUUCGAGCGCGCUGCCGUAUCCAUCUCACCAUACGCCCGCUCACCGUGCCGUAAGCGCACGCGUUGCAGACCUCGAUCCCAUACCCGCUGGCUACAACUUCGAUGUUCAUGCUUCUUCCCCAUUCCCCCACAACCUUUCCUUUACCAUGCCUUCCAACGCCGGACCGCCCUCCGGCCCUCAGCCUGCACCUAUCCAGGAGACGUCGUCGUACGCAAGCAGAGUAACGCAGACGCGACCGUUUUUCUGUCGAUGGGAGGGGUGUACGCAUGCGGGGCCUGCUGACUAUUCCGCGAUCACGGAGCAUCUCAGGCGACACCAGGUGCCUAGAGGCCGACCGAAGCGAAAGUCAGCCAAUCCUGUCGACUCGAUCAAGUGCAAGUGGGCGGGCUGCAGACUACAAGACGCUGUCAAGGCUAAGAACCUACUAAAGCACCUCACAGGGACCCACUUGCGCUUCAAGGAGGUGCAGUGCUGUAUAGGAAGGGCGCUAGAGACCAUCACUUCCCGUGCAGCGGAGAAAACGCGCGUCAAGGGCGACAUGAAGAAGAUUAUAUGCCUCGUCAUUGGUGGUGGCAGGCACAAGAGCCUCGUUAUCUGGGGAAGGCUAUGGCUAGGUGGCGGAGCAAACUGUGGCGGGGAGUGGAUCGGUGAUCUUUGA